AUCAGCUUUAAACCGCUCGUCUCCCAGUGCUCACGUACAACAGGUUACGUGACAAGAGUGCGAGUUUUAAACUUGUUUGUGGUCACUCUCAGCUUUGUUUAUAAACACAGCGAUUGACAAGAUAUAAAUCGGAUUACACAGCGGGUGACCCGAGGCGAGUAUCAGUACAUGUGUGGUACGGCUGACCGCUUCAGGAAAUGUGAAGUUUUGUACGCAAUCAACAGCCUAUGAGGAGGCACAAACUCGACAGCAGGGCCUUUCCCUUUGACGCAGAAUAGCGAAUCCUCAGCGACCGUGUUUGGAGUUGUAAAGCGGCGGGGUGGAAGGGUGCAUGUCUUGUCCCCUCAAGCGCCGCCCGAAGGGUCGGCAUGGGGCUGUGGAGCAGCAAGGAGGGGCUGUUACAUGAAGCUACCCGGGGUGGAGUUACGGAGACUGUUACUCGUCUACUGGAUGCAGGCGUGUCAGUGAACUGCACUGUCGGCCACAGCUCACUCCUCUAUGCAGCAAUACAAAGUCGUCAGUAUGAUUUAGCCAAACUUUUCAUCAAGAGAGGUGCCGAUAUCACAGCUGGAUAUUAUACAGAUACACCACUUCAUUUAGCCAGUCGGAUGGGGGCUGAAGACCUGGUGAAGCAUCUGCUCCAAAGCGGGGCUUGUAUCAACAUGCCGGAUCAUAACAACUGUACUCCGCUGUGGGGAGCUGUCGCGGAGAACAAGAUGGCGGCAGUACAGGUCCUUCUGCGCCAUCCGGGUAUUGAUGUCAAUACGCCAUGCAGUGAUCGCUUUAUGAAACAGGGCAGGAGUAGUUCCCCUUUGAAGGAGGCCAUCGAGAGGAACAACCUUGAACUUAUAUCUCUUCUCUGCAUGCAUGGCGCUGACAUUGAACAGGCCGAUGACGCAAGACACAAACCUCUGCAUUAUGCAUCCUGUCUGGGGUACAGUGACGUUGUGAACUUCCUCAUCUGCGAGGGCAGUGACCUUGACGUCGUUGAUCGUGGGAACGUCACCCCUCUGUAUCUGGCCUGUGAAAGGGGCCAUCUGCAGAUUGCCUCCAUGUUGAUAAAUGCAGGAUGCGAUGUCUCGAUCUCCCGCAAUACGACUGGCUGGAAGCACAAACUGUUCUCGCCUCUGCACAUCGCAGUGCAGGAAAAACACACAGACGUCGUCAGGUUGCUGUGCAGUGUGGGAACGGAUGUGAACAUGGUGGAACGUUUGGGGAAAACAGCCCUAACCUUGGCCUGUGAAGCUGGACACUUGGAUAUCGUGAAAAUUCUCAUCGACUAUGACGCAGAUGUAAAUCGGAGAGAUGUGUUUGGCCACACUCCGUUAUUCUAUGCACUUCACAUAAGUCAACGGAAUGUGAAACAAAAGAUGCAGCGGGCCAAUCAAACCUGUACCCCAUUGCAUCAAGUGAAACAAACUCAUGGAACAAAUGGUGGAGAAUCCUUCAGUGUCAAAGCGUUGCAUAUGUUGUUGAGAGCGGGUGCAGAAAUGAAUUGUAGAGAUAACAUAGACAAAUACUCACCUAUCCAUUAUGCAAUAAUAUACGGGCACUUAGAUACAACAUGUACUCUGCUACAAUAUGGUGCCAAAAUACAUUCCAGGGACAUACAGGUAGAACAUUUGAAAUGGGAAGACCUGUCAAUGCUCAAACUGCUGAUAUAUUAUUGUCAGGAUUUCCACGAUCUAGCUUAUAUGCUGUGUCAGCAACGGCCAAAGUUGGUUCCGAGUUGCCAAAUAUUACCAGCAUCGGCGACACGUCAGCCAGACAGUCUGCUCAAACUUUGCAGAAGGUCAGUCAGGUGUGUUCUUCAAAAUCGAACUCAAAGGUCAAUUGAACCUCUUGUUGAAGAGCUGCCUGUGCCGUCCACAUUGAAGACUUUUCUACUCCUUCAGGACAUGUACGACUUAGUCUUCAAGCACUGGGAUUUAGCUUAGAUGAAGCUAGAAUGGGAAAUCAUUUUUGCUAUUUAAAACAAAUUAUCUUUUUGAAAUCUUUUUAUAAUGUUCCCUGAAUAAACAUGUAUAGCUAU